CACAAUUCCUCUGUCAUCGCGGAUUGAGCGCAUCACAAGGGAUCCAAAUUGUAUACAAACGAUACAAACUGCUGGACAAUUUUGAGCUUUGAUUUCAUUCCAACAUAUAAAAUUGGAGAAGUGAAAUGGCGUUUGCUAGCAACAAACUCGUCAAUCCAACUGACGACAUCAAGAUGGAUCCAGAGUUAAUGAUUGAUGACAGGCUGUCAGAUAAUGAUAACAUUGUUGAGACAGAAACAAUAGCAAGCUCUUGGCCAAUUGAACAGAAAGUCGAACUACAAAUCAAGGGAGAAAACGGAGAAGUGUUCUUCAUCAACCUAAUAAACGAAGACGACAAUAUGUCAUUGAUUCCAGUUGCUGAAACAAAUACACAAAGAACAGGUGAAUUAGAUGCUUCACAGAGAGGAGUUCACUCACCUUCAGUACAUCAUAAAUAUAAGAAGAGCUUCGGGGAAGGAAGCGGGAAACCAUUUAAAUGUGGAAAGUGUGAAAAAACAUUCACCACAAAAUACGGACUCAAAGAGCACGAUCGAACUCAUACGGGUGAACGUCCCUUUUCGUGUCCACAUUGUUCGAAGGCAUUCAGGCAUUCUUCAACGCUUAAAAAACAUAUGCGUAAAACUCAUUCGGGUUUGUUGGACACAAAUAAACGGAAAGAUGAUAAUUUAGAUGAUUCGCAGGGGGAAGACACACUGUUCAAAUGCGAAAAGUGUGAAAAAACAUUCACCUCAAAAUACGGACUUGAAGCGCACAUUCGAACUCAUACGGGCGAACGGCCCUAUUCGUGCCCAUAUUGUAAGAACGCAUUUAGGGUUUCUUCAACGCUCAUAAAGCACAUUCGAACUCAUACGGGAGAGCGUCCAUAUCCCUGUCCACAUUGUCCCAAAACGUUUAAGAACUCUGAUGCGAUGCGCGUACACAUUCGGAUCCACACCAAGGAGAAGCCGUAUGUUUGCGAGUACUGUAAGCAACCUUUUACCCAGUCCUACAGCCGUACAAUCCACAUUCGCAAUAAGCACAGGAAGAUCAAGUUGUAGCGCAAUAUGCCGUACCAUUCGAGGGGCAAACACGGUCAGUUCGAUAAGGAUACAAGUGACUCAGGGCAUGAAUCACAAGUGACCAUGAAGGAAGAGAUACCUGGUUGCAGAAGAAGAUGUAUGAGGCGAAUCAAAUGCAAAGUGUAGAGUCUUUUAAAGCUAAAAAGAAGAAGAAGAAGAAGAAGUAAAUGUAUGCUGUAUCAUACGUAUACGAUGUAUACGAUGUUUAUACGUAUUUUUUAAUACGAAGAGUGGAACCGUCAAGUUUUACUUAAAAAUAACAAGUAUAUAUUUGCCAUAUAUUUAGUAGACGUGGGUGCUCCCGUGGUCAAGUGGUUAUCAUCACACAUUAUUAUGCCGGUAGUUCGGGCUCGAUUCUCUUUCUGGUCGGAGGAUUCUUAGUCAAAUAAAUUUCUUCCGACCCGCACUGUGGCCAUGCGUAUUCUAGAGCUUGCCACUCAGAAUACAUUCAAGGCGUGUUAUUUGGCAUAAGAAAUCCCAACUAAUUCAUCAGAUGUCAAUUUGUUCUGCCAAUUUCAAGUCGUUCAAUAGAUGGUUCUGUUUUGAAUGAUUGAUCACACCGUAUUGAGUUCAAGACCGUUGAGGUAUGUACCUCUGACAAUUUCUUCUUUAUGAUGAAGAUGAAGAUGAAGGUGAUAUUAGAGAAGAGAGAAUUUGAUGGAUCGUGGCAUAAGAUUAUUUGACUAUUCAUUCAGACAUUCUUCCCUUGUCCUGUAGGAAAAUAAUUCGACAAAGAGUGUUUCGUCUGAGUUUAGGAUUAUGACAACAAAGGUUGAAUAAGAAAUAUUAUAUCAGAGUUUAAUAAAUUAUUAGUCCAAAAAUUUAAA